UUUGCCACAUAUUUGAUAGGCAUCAUUUGUCUGACUCGUGGAUUAAGCACUGGGGAUCAAACUUUCCCCCUCCUUUAGAAAGGUUCCCGACACCAAAACAGGGGCAUCAAUUAGAGGAAUGAAAUGUACAGAAAUGGCAGUAUCUCAACUCAUGCCAAUGGAUGACCUCACCCAGCAGACUCAUGUGUCAGUUACUUCUGAUUUUGUAUAAAAAGGACAUUGGAGUCUUUCUGCUUUCAGCAAUUAAUUCCAGCAACUCAUUCCAGCAAGUCUAGGACAGGAUGAAGGCAACCACCCUCUGUGCUUUGUUAUUUUUUUGCUGGAAAAUGAUUUAUUGUCAAUCCUGUGAGCUAUCCAAUAUUACAAUAGCCGUGGAAAAGGAAGAAUGUGGCUUUUGCAUCCUGGUGAAUGCAACCUGGUGCUCUGGCUACUGCUUCACGAGGGACCGAGCUAAUAUGAUCCUUCCACAGAAACAUGUCCAGGAAGUCUGCACAUUCAAGUCAAUUGUAUAUGAGACUGUAAAGAUCCCAGGUUGUGCUGACCAUGCAGAAUCCUUUUAUUCCUACCCAGUUGCGACAGGAUGUCACUGCAACACCUGUGACACCGACAUUACCGACUGCACCCGGAGAGGCUUGGAGCCAAAUUAUUGCUCCUAUGGACAGCCUCAGAUCAUGGAGUGAGGCUUCAUAAUGUUCUUUGUAAUGUUUACUUUGUGAAAAACAUUGUCAACAACAAAAGCCUGUAAAGAAUAUAUGAGAAACGAUAAAGCAUUAAGCCAGCCCACCCGCUUUAUAUCCAAAUUGCAUCCCUCUUCAAUAUCCCAGCCAGAGCACUUCAGUUUUGUCUCUGACACUGCAAUGUUUAAUGGCCUUUAAGGCUCACAUCUUCCGAGUUUAAGCAGAACCAUCCUUCCUCCAGUUCUAAUUUUUUUUCUUCCCACUUCCAUUAGACUAGACUAGACUAGACUAGACUAGACUAGACUAGACUAGACUAGACUAGAAUAGAAUAGAAUAGAAUAGAAUAGAAUAGGAUUCAGCUAUAUGUAAUGCAUAGCAGGGUUAGUAGAUAGAUUAGAUUUAUUGAUUUCUAAGAAUCUUGCAAUAGAUGAGCUAUUAUUUAACAAUAGCAGCAACAACAACUGCCAAAUAAUGGAUCCCUUCCCUGAAAUUGUUACUGCCUAAAUGAAGAAAGCAUAGGAUAAUCACAGUAGAUUUUGGGGAGAAACAACAGUUCUGAUGCUCUGAACAAAUCCUUGAGUUUGUAAUUCUUUUGUACUAAACUUCUGUGAAUUUUGGGCUUCUAGUCAAAAAGAAAAAUGCUAGCCAAACAUUAUUUACUGUUCCUAUAGCUUAAAUACUGUAUUGUGACUUUCUGUGUAUUGAGCACACUAUUUUUGGUAUGGCAUUCCCCCAUCCCCCCAAAAAUCUGGAAUAGUAAUGAAGUAGAUUUUCAGACUAAGCACGUGUAUCUAGUUAGAUAGUUGCAUUAAGUUGUAAGAAGACUCUGUAUGAAAUUUUCAAUGUCCACUGAAAAUGUCCAUUGAUUAGUUUCAGAUACUUGGUAUAUAACCUAUUCAAUGUAUAUUUAGAUCUGUCUCUGUAAAUAAAUAUUUCUUUGAAAUAAUAAACAUUUUAUUUUGUUGCACUUAA